AUGGCUAAGUCUUCUCGCACCGGUGUUCUUCUAUCAAAAGUACGUGAUGAUGCCAUAGAAGAAUUCAGAGACAACAUCAAACGACAUUUCUAUGACACAUUGAACAAAAUAGGUGAAAAACACAUUGAGGAGUCUAAAACUCAUGAGCAAUAUGAUAAAUUACUUGAUCAAACGCUUGAUGAUCUUACAUUUUACAAUCAUUUAAAUGAUCCACACAGGGAUAAUGUAUAUGACUCAUUUCUGUCAUCAUUAGCCGAUAAAAGUAUACCAUUACAACUGACCAAUUUAAGUGCAACGUUUAAUAACAAACGAAAGCUGCUGGACUUUCAACGUGAUUUCAAACUUGAAGUUGAUCGAUUUCGACAAGCACGCAUAUGUCAACCAACGGUAGAUAAAAUCAAACAACAAAUGAGCUAUCAACACGAACGAGAUUUGGCUAAUUUGGAAAAAGAAUUAGAGAGCUCCAAAAACGAAAUAACUGAAGUGUUUAAACAACAAAUAGCUGCAUUGCAUACAACACAUCAACAAGCAUUGGCAACAACACAUGAUACUCAUAAACAGGAACUAGCAACCAUCCAUGAUAAACAUCUACAACAAUUAGCAUCUACACAAAACACUCAUAAAGAAGAAUUUGAUAAAGCUCAAACAACACACGCCACACUUCUCGCAACAACACAUACCACACAUAAGGAUGAGGUAAACAAACUGAAUGAAAAUUUUAAUCAAAAACUGACAGUAUUAGCUAAUGAACAUAAAAAUGAAUUAGAAAAAGUCAAAGAACUACAUAAACAAGAGAUAACAAAAAUCAAUGAUACGUGUGAGAAAAUGAAAAAAGAUAUGGACGUUCAACAUGCCAAUCAAUUAUCGAAAAUUAAACAUGAGUUAGACGAGGUUCAGCAACAGUUACGUGGUGCUGUGAAGAAACUAGAUGAAAAUAUUCAACAUCGUUUGCAAGAAGUUAUGAAAAAAUUAGAUGAAUUUCAUGUUGGCGUUAAAGAUACACAUCGCCCUGCACAAUCACAUGGAGAAACUUCAGAACAAAAAAAGAAACUGAACAUUUCAUGA